UAUCUCCUCGGAAGCGGAACCACUUGACAGGAUGUUCUUCCGGAAGGAUGACUAAAACCGUCAGCGAAAUUUAAUUUUAAGUUAAAAAAAUGAAUUUUAAUUCAAAAAUGUCCGAAUCAGCGCCUGUAUCAAACCUCUCAAAUAAUAUAAACAAAUCUACUACAUAAAUAUUGCCGAGACCAGCUGUCAACCAUAGGAAACUGCGUGUGAGUUGAUAAUUCGGCGACGGGACCCGCGAUGGGCAAACGACCUUCUCUGUGAUAAUCGAUUUCAACGAAACCCAAAGGAAACUCUGUUCCAAUGCAUAUCCAAUUAGUUGUGUAUGUGCGCCUAAUCCUCGCAACACUAGUGUCAAUCACUUGCAUUGUUGGCGAUAAUCUGCUGGAGACGACCCGGCACCCACUACUGAAGGCGCUCUGUGAUAAUGCCACCCACGCGAUAGUCGGCGGUCUUACGGGCAUUGCAUUCAUAAUGCACUUCUACGACAAGCUCUCGAAUGUGGCGGGCUGGACGCUGAUUUUCGCUUGCUUUGCAGUGUCGUCUUUCAUCGAUCUGGAUCACUUUGCGGCCGCCAAGUCGCUGAGUUUAUACGCGGCGACCAAUCUCUCCGACCGUCCGUUCUUGCACUGCACAACUAUUCCUCUGGUGCUGGUUUUCGUAUUUGCCGCCGCGUCCAUGCUGCAGUACUUCAAGACGAGCCUGGUCCUGGGGAUCGUCUGCUGUGCCUUUCUAACCCACCACACUCGCGAUGCUAUUCGCCAUGGAUACUGGAUCUGUCCGUUUGGCCACACAGAUAGGGUGCCCUACUCCCUUUAUCUGAUUAUUACGAUUGUGACGCCGUACGCACUGUUCCUCUUGCACUCUUUCUGUCGGGGGAACUUUGCGCUGCUCAAUUUCACCAUGGCUGGGAAAUAUUACGACCGUACAACGCAGAACGGUGCUAAGAUGUUCAUCGUUUAGCUUUAAGACACGAUUCACUUCUUGAAAUUACAUAAAUUCUUCCACUAAUUAAGCGCAUUCAGAACUUCUCAAGGUAGGAACACAGUUUGUGAUAGUAGACACUAAGCAACAUGAAGUGCAAAUAUAGACUUUAUUUACUAGAAAAGUUACUAAAUGAAUAA